GGAACAUCGGAGGAGAUAGAGGCUGCACACAAGCAGUUCCUCAAGGACCUGGCGCUCUAUGAAUUCGGAAUGUCCAAGAUCCAGGUGGUGGCUGACACGAGCUUGCGUGAAGUUCAGGCGUACAAGUCUCUGCAGGCCGACCUCCAGAGUGAGAUGGAGAAGACGUCUGCUGAGAUCGAGAAGCUGAAGGAGCGUGUGGCCCACGAGCGCAUAGUCCGCAAGAACAAGGAGGAGUACACCGUGCUGGCCAAGACUGUUGAGCAUCUUCCUUCUCGAAAGCAAACAGAGAAGGAUAAGACCGAGUUACAAGACCAACUCCUCCGGCUAGAGGAGCAAACUUCAGCACAGCACCAGAAGAUGGAGCUGAGAAAGAAGCAGAUGCUGUUGUUGCUGCACCUUGCCGAGGAGAUGAAGGCGAACUUGGAUGACGAU